AAAGCUGUCAUACAACGGGUCAAAUCGGCGUCAGUGACCGUAGACGGACAGCUGAUCUCUUCCAUCAGCAAAGGUCUCCUAGUCUUUGCUGCGAUUGGCAAAGAUGAUACCGAGAAAGAGGCCAUAUCCAUGGCUUCCAAAGUGCUGAAAGUCAAACUAUGGGACGAUGGCGAGUCAAAGUGGAAAAAGAACGUCCAAGAAAUCGACGGCGACGUCCUGUGUGUCUCCCAAUUCACAUUACUAGCAUCGACAAAGAAGGGCAACAAACCAGACUUCCACAAGUCCGCUCCAGCAGCCAAAGGCAAGGAGCUCUACGACUCGUUUAUUGGCCAAGUCCGCAAGCUCUAUCGAGAAGACAAAGUCAAAGAUGGCGUCUUCCAGGCGAUGAUGGACGUUUCUCUAAUCAACGACGGACCUGUAGGUGUAGACUACCGCUGUGAGGACGAAGCGGUAUAUAGUAGCCCCAGCGUGAUGCCUUCACUUGUCAUCGGAACCACUCGCUUACUGUCGUCUAGGUCACCAUCGAGAUUGACACAAACCCUCCCGAGAUGA